CGUUGUUAUUUUGAUUUGCCUUUUGCGGAACUGUCACAUACCUCCAUUUACGAUUUCGUCAACAAUUCAGUGGUAAUUUGGAAUCUAUCACUGGUAUUAUCCUUAAUAAAUGGAUAUAAAAUUUACAGGAAAAACUGCUUUGGUUACCGGUGCGGGUCAAGGGAUCGGAAGAGCCAUCGCGAAACGAUUGUUUGAACACGGAGCUGUGGUUUUUGCGCUGUCAAAGUCGCCUGAGAAUUUACAGUCAUUGCUACGCGAAGUUCCUGGAAUCCGUACCGUGACUGUAGACCUUGAAGACUGGGAAGCAACAGAAAAAGCAGUUAAAGGUCUUGGGCAUGUUGACUUGUUAGUUAAUAAUGCAGGAGUAGCUAUUUUAGAGCCUUUUUUGGAUAUAAAAAGUGGAAGCUUUGAUAAGCUCUUCAAUGUGAAUCUGAAAGCUGUUAUCAAUGUUUCACAAAUUGUAGCUAAGCAAAUGAUUGAUUCAAAAACUGGAGGUUCAAUUGUCCAUGUGUCAUCACAGGCCUCUCAGGCACCUUUGAAAGAUCAUGCAGUUUAUUGCAGCGCCAAGGCUGCACUUGACAUGCUUUGCAAAGUUAUGGCUCUUGAGCUUGGGCAACAUAAAAUACGAGUGAACUGCGUAAAUCCAACAGUUGUACUCACCGAAAUGGGGAAACUGGGUUGGUCAGAUCCCACAAAAGCCAAUCCUAUGCUUGCUGGAAUUCCAUUGGGAAGAUUUGCAGAGGUUGAAGAAGUAGUGGACGCCGUUGUUUAUCUUCUUAGUGAUUGUGCUUCAAUGAUACAUGGAACGACUCUUCCUGUCGAUGGGGGAUUUCUGGCAUGUUGAAACUCAAAAAUAUAAUUAUCCCAAGAGGCUAUAGGUUUCUCGCGGUUGGGAUUCCGGUGUAAGUUACAAGUAAUGGAAACUACUUGUAUCCAUGUUUAUUAAUACAUUCUGUAUGUAAGUAA